AUGUCGUGGUCUCUGUUGGUUGCAGUGUUGGAGUGGUGGUCUUUCUCUCCCCUCCCUUUACCUCUCUCUCUAGAAUCUUCCUGCAAGUAGAACCCCACAUCUGCAUCAAUGGUGGAACCGUUCAAAAUGAUGGGAGUCUUUCUUCCCAUCCUUGACUUCUGAGUGCAUCCAGAUAAGAGAACCGAUUUCUAAUCCUUAAUGAUCAUUAUCAUCCAUUGAGUUAAUUAUUCUAUAAAUUGAGCGCUUCUUUUAAAUCCUAGGGUUCCAAAUCGCCAUUUGUUCUCUUGUUUUCUCUUCACCUCUUCUUUUCCUCCUCUUCGUUUCCGAUAGAGAACAAGGAAGUUAAAAGGAGUUAUGUUCCAAAACCAGCUUUCCAGGCCUUCAUCCUUCAAAGGCUCUCUGAAAGCCCUCGAAGCUGAUAUACAGCAUGCGAACACUUUGGCAGAUGCUGUGCAUAAAGCUUAUGGUGGUGCUUGCCUGCAGAUGAAGCUUUCAUAUAGUCCUAUGGCUCCAAUCUUUCUCUUUCUAUUGCAGUGGGUUAAUUGUGUCCCAACUUAUGUUCUUCCCAGUUAUUUAGGGCUUCUCCAAAUAGUUAUAUAUAAGGUCAACACAGAUGAAAAAUCUACAGUAUCAGCAUAUGAAAGGGGAGCCAGCAUUAAAGAAUUUUAUGCUAUCAUUUAUCCUUCACUUAAACAACUUGAAAGUGACUUGUUGGAGAAUGAAGAGUCAUAUGACAGAGGUAGAAGCAAAGAGACUGUUGGAAGGAAAAGAGGAGAAGAGUGGAGGAAGAUUUCAGAUAAAGAUUUAGAGAGAGAUGAUGAAUGUGGUAUCUGUAUGGAGAUUUGCACCAAAAUGGUUCUACCUAGUUGCAAUCAUGUUAUGUGCAUAAACUGUUACCAUGACUGGAACAAAAGGUCACAAUCCUGCCCAUUUUGCAGGGGAAGCCUUAAAAGAGUUCGAUCAAGGGACCUUUGGGUGCUCACCAGUACCAGUGAUGUAGUUGACACAGCAACUUUGGAGGAGGAUAAUGUAAGGCGCUUCUAUUGCUAUAUAGAUAGCUUGCCACUCAACAUUCCUGACACUCUUUUCUUGGUCUAUUAUGAUUACAUGUUAUAGUCUGUAGAUAAAAGCCUAAAAGGAGAUUGGAAUAUAAAUUGAUCAAAGCCAACCAUCUUUUCAAGAUUGAGUUUGGCUAGAGCAUUCCCAUUUCAUAAUUUUAAAAUUUCUCCUGAAAUGCUGUGUAAUAAGAUCAUUGAGAACAAAGCAUUGCUUUUCUGAACAACUGUACAUAGAGCUCUAUUUCUGAGAAGUUUAGCAUAAUUUUUACUCAAAGGCACAGAAAGAAGAGAGAAAAAAAUGCUUCUCUUUGUGCUUGAACUGCAAAUUGCAUAUGGUGAUUAAUAUUAUACUUCCUUCUGAAGUUG